UCCAUUAACUCAAAUCGACCAUCGGAUCAUCGCGAACACAGUCUCUUGGUUGAGACGGAGCUUUUGGCUCCCAGACAGAACGGAACAGUCAGAUGUUUAUUGUUUUACCUUGUCAGAUCGACAAUGCGGGCUAUCACGAAGUUGUCUUCCUUGAAGUGUCAAUGAGAUUGUGACGUAGCCACCAUCCUUGCACCUCGAUGACAGAUGCAGUUGUGUUGACACUACGUUGUAGAUCGAUGUUGGGAAGCCCUUCGCUAAACUGAUACUACCUGUUAGUACAAGACAGGAGGCCAGACGCUGAAUCCUGGAGUCGGCCGUAUGUCAUCCCAUGGAGAAACAUCUCUGGUGCAACAGCUGUCUCUGACGAUAUGAGUCGGCAGCUCAUCUAGUCACCAAAUUCACAUCUACAUCCACAUCUACAACAUCAUUACGAACCAUGGCCAGCUGCUUCCGAAUCCCAUAUCGGAAACUGUUCAAGUUCAUCGUCUUGUUUUACUUGUUACUGUUAGGAGCUUUGGUAUUCGCAUGGAAGUCGUACGGGGCGGUACCGCUGCGUGAUUUUCUAUCCAGCGGGCAUGCAGUUGUCACCGUGUCCAAAGAUGUCGGUCGAGUCAGGGGUGCAGUGCAAUCGAGUAUAAUUGACAUGGCCCAAGCAGAAGGUCAGAGAGGAUGUGAUAUCAAACACAAAGUAUCGUUCAUGAAUCAGACAAUGAUUAUAAAUCAGGAUCCGGUUUGCGGCUGGUUGAAAGCUGCGAAGGUUGAAAGUGAGGGUCAGUUUGUAAAUUACGGCAGUCAGUUUGCCCGACUUCAUAACGUCAUCAUUGACCCAUCGCUAGGAAUUGGUAGAAAAGGAGGAGAGUCUAUCUCGACUGUCCUCAACCAGCGAGAAGAGGACGAGUACCUGAACUUAAAGAAUGGAUAUUUCAGUUUAGACUGCGACACGCCUCCGGGGAUUGGGUUCGGUGGCAAAGACCAUCUUAGGAACUGGAACAACGCCGUGAGCUGCAAAAAGGAUAGGGCAGUAACAAAACGAGUUAAAGGAAUGACUUUGGCCGUGAUGAGAUACGAAUAUGUCAACCUUUAUCACACAAUGACGGAUUAUUACAACGCUUUUUUGAUGAUGCUGGUGUUUGAUCAGCAUCCGGAUAACGUCACGGUAUUGUGGGUAGAUGCUCACCCACAAGGCGGCCUUGACGAAACGUGGAAUGUGUUAUUCGGAGAGACAAAAAGGGCUGGGCUUUUAGAGGCAGCCACACAGUUUGAUGAUAUGGUGUGGAGUGUAAUGGGCUACAACAGCCCUCUAAACUCUCAUUAUAGACCAUUUGUGCCGUAUCUGGAGCUGUUCCGACAGUUCUUCCUUUCACGUCACAAAGUCAAGACCACGAAACAGUUAAACUGCAAUAAACUAAACGUCAUGUUCAUUUGGAGACGAGAUUACGUUGCCCAUCCGAGAAAUCCAAAAGGUUUAGUCAAAAGGAAAAUUAAAAAUGAGGAUGAGAUCAUUGCGAACAUGCACAACAUCCUCCCGGGCCACAACAUCACGGGCGUGCAACUGGAUGUUCUGCCAAUGAAACAGCAACUGGAGCUUAUUGCAAACACUGAUAUUCUCCUGGGUAUGCACGGUGCUGGAAUGUCACAUACGCUCUUCCUUCCCAAACAUGCAGGUGUUUUGGAGUUUUAUCCUAUAUACUGGACACAGGCCAAUCGUCACUUCCGGGCAAUGGCGUCUUGGCGAGGACUUCGAUAUCAAACAUGGCAGAACUAUGAUGGCCAAAAUGAGAAGGAGAAUUACUUCACUUACAUUCCUCCUAAAACUGUUAAUCAAAUGUUGUUGGAAGUCAAAGGAAAAAUCUGUCCUCCUAGUGUUAGGUGAUUUUCGUUUUUUAUUUAAUUGUUUGGGUAUUAUAAUAAAUUUAUUUUAUAUA